AAAAUAUGCAUGUCAAAACCAGCUUGGACAGGCCCUGUGCAGGCAAUGAGCCAGUCUUGGAGGAACUGCCUGAGCCGAUUGCAUCAUUGCGCUGAGCCACUUUUUCUUCAGCAAUUUGGAAGUUCAGUUGCAGCGUCAUGGUAUGCUACAAAUUUGCAAUUCAGAGGACUCACGCGCGCGCAUUAGCUUAAACCACGCCCACCACAAAGUUCUGCAAUUCUACCCGUUUCCACUGGAUCGUUGAUCAGGCUGACCCAGAACAACGAUUUGCUAUCAUGCUUUCAAUGAUACAGCAAUCAGGGCCUACGGUGACCCAGGCCCGACGGUGUGGGGGUUCCAAGUCUGCAUGCUCAUGGCAGCGGCGUGCUGGCGGAGCUGCCGCAUGCCUGAGCGCAGCCUGUGGAGCCGCGAGCUCGAGUGAGGCGUCCGUGUCGGGGCGCUGCCACAUCGGCGUCGUGCCGUUGGCGGCGCCGCGCCGCCGCCGCGCGGGCUCGGUCGUCCGCGGCCCCGAGCCGCCCCGCAUCAACAUAGAUGACCUGAUGCUGGACGUGCCGGAGAUUGAUGGCGAUAUCCGCUCGCUGCAAGUGGAGAUGGGGGCCAUUUUCAACGAUGCCGGACUGGCCACCACCUUUGGAAAGAAGAAGCAGGCGCUGCAGGCUCUGGAGACUGGCCUGGUGCUUGUUGACCAAAGCCAUUGGAGCCGGCUGCGUGUGUCCGGCGACGAUCGGCUGACGCUGCUGCACAACCAGUCCACUCAGGACUUCAAGGCGCUACGGCCGGGGCAGGGCGCAGACACGGUGUUUGUGACGGCAACGGGCCGCUGCCUGGACCUGGCGACGGCGCUGGUGCUGCCCAGCAGUGUGAUGCUGAUGGUGGCGGAGGGCACCAGCGACGAGGCGGCUCGGGGCGCGCGGCCGGCGGGGGCGGCGCUGCUGGAGCGCCUGAACAAGAUGAUCUUCCGCGGGGACAAAGUGGCGGUCCAGGACGUGAGCGAGCGCACGGCCCAGAUCUCCCUGAUGGGUCCGGAGGCGGAGGCGGUGCUGAGGGAGCUGGCGCCAGACGCGCUCGCGGCGGUGCUGGGCGCCCCCGCCGGCGCCCACGUGCUCGUGGGCUUCCGCGGCAAGCCCGUGUUCGUGGUGGCGGGCAGCGGGCUGGGGCCCGGCGUGCCCGGCUACACACUCAUUGCGGACGAGUCCAUUGGCGGCGACGUGUAUGCGGCGUUCGCGGCCAAGGGUGCCAUCCCCAUGGGCACGGACGACUGGGAGGCCGCCCGUGUGCUGGCGGGCCGGCCCCUGCGGGGCGCCGAGCUCACCGAGGAGCACAACCCGCUGGAGGCGGGGCUGUACGGCGCCGUGUCGCUCAACAAGGGCUGCUACAUUGGGCAGGAGACCCUGGCCAAGCUGCACCUGCGCGACGGCGUCAACCGGCAGCUGUGGGGCCUGGCUCUGUCGGGGUCCACCGCGCCCGGCACACAGAUCACCAGCGAGCUGAGCAAGGUGGGCGUGGUGACCAGUGCCUGCCAGGACGCGGAGGGCGAGUGGGUGGGCCUGGGCUACAUCCGCAGCCGCAUCGAGGGCACACAAAUCGCACUGGAGGGUGUGCGGGUGGCUGUGGGGGGCACGCCGGCGACGGUCACGGCCAUCCCCUUCGCCACGCGCAAACUCAGCGCCGCCGCCGAGGCCCCCACCAGCUCUGACACUGUCAGCGGGCGACUGGAGGACGCCAAGAAGAAGAAGGAGGAGGAGGCAGCUGCCAAGGAGGCAGCGACAGCGGCCAAACUCCAGGCAAUGCAGGAGCGCUUGGCUGCAUGGCAGGCGCAGCAGAAGCAGCAGACGAAAUAAUGAAAUGCACACAGGGCGCGUGUGGCGUGUACGUGCUGCUUUGUCAGAGUGGCGUGUAUUGUGCACAAACAGUAGACGCUACGUGAUGGCUGUGACAAACGAUGGUGGAGUUUGCAUAGGGGUGCCUGGAUGUCCGGGGAGGGAUGAGCACUUGGCGUGUGUGGCGCAUAAAUGUAAAUGUAACAGUGAUACUGGAGGCACGGCGUAAACUUGUUAUGCGUGGGCUCAUUGAGGGAGCCUCGAGGCGCUGUAGGUCUCGCCUGCAUGAAAAGAUAUGGCCCGGGUGGUGUUGCGGGGUCGGGCCUCCCGGUGACCUGGUCGGGGGGUGUCAGACAGGGACGGCACCGCACCGGCCUCCUGCGCUUGGCAGAUGUCUGUAAGAAUUUAUUAUU